AUGGGCGUUGCCUGGGAUGAAGCAGUGCUUGGGCAGCAGCGCGCUGGAACACCUCCCCACUUGGUGCGCCGUGCCUUGUCUUCAUCGUGGCUUGCUGCGCAGGCCUACUUGAAAAUGUGGAAGGAGCGCUUCCACUACAAGUUGCUGCAAGCCUCCACAGUAGAGCACAAGGACUCGGAGCAAAUGAGGGAGAUGCGGAACAUGCUGAUUGCUUGGUACCUCUUGGAAUGCUGCUACCUACUGGCGCCCGCUGACCUGUUCAGCUACAAGUGGUUCGCAAGGUAUCUACGCCCGCGGCUGAAGGUUUGCGGGGCUGACCGAGGGAUACUGGAGCAAGUGAUUUUGCCUUUCAAGAACGGCCUCAUUAGGCAGACCCAUGCGAUUUUUGAUUUUCGCCUGGCUGAUCAGAAGCCACGAAAGAUUCAGCUUGUAGAAGAUCCCGCUGUGGAUUGCAGCAUUGAUGCCUGA